CAGCGCACAUGAAAAGUGCGCGCCGGUCAGAAGGAAUAUUUAUAAAGAAGAUUUCCAACUUUCAAAAAAAAAGACACGACCUUCAAGAAAAAAUGGAGCAUUACAGUGUCGGCGAUGACAGCCUUGACCAGGAUAUUCAAGAGCUUAUCAAAGAUGUUUACAACAUGAUUGACGAUCUUAAAAUUGCACAGGAAAACAGGCAUACAAUCUUAAGUUACAUAUUUAAACGUCUUUCUUGUGGAGAGUUGAACCGGCGUCUGGGAGAUAAAUACCGGGAUGUUCUGAGAGCUGUUCGAUUCCAGCACAGAAUUGGACGCUUGCAUUCUAAAACACUCAUGGACUUUACUCAGGAGCUUGUAAUGAAGAUUGAGGCGCGGAGAGGCUGAUUGGAAUUUAUUUAUAGCUUUGUAGCGCGCGCUUAGAAGAAUUCUUCUAUUUUAGUUGUGCACUUUAACUUAAGUUGCCUUUUCGGUUUCAUGUCCUUUUGUAUACUCCAUCAUGCCCUUAUGCCAAACAGGGUAGAGAUUAGGUCAGUAAACUAGUCGCAGCAAUAACACAAAUUCAUUAUGGC